GCUGGACGUGAUAAAUAUGAACCCGCUGCCAUUUCUGAACAUGGAGACAAAAAGGGGAAAAAGGCCAAGAAAGACAGGGACAUGGAUGAACUUAAGAAGGAAGUUUCUAUGGAUGACCAUAAACUUAGCCUGGAUGAGCUCCACCGGAAGUAUGGAACAGACUUGAGCCGAGGCUUAACAACUGCACGCGCCGCUGAGAUUCUGGCCAGGGACGGCCCCAACGCCCUCACCCCCCCGCCCACCACCCCCGAGUGGGUUAAGUUUUGCCGGCAGCUCUUUGGGGGCUUCUCCAUGUUGCUGUGGAUCGGGGCGAUCCUUUGUUUCUUGGCUUACGGCAUCCAGGCUGCUACGGAAGAGGAGCCUCAGAAUGAUAACCUGUAUCUUGGCGUGGUACUCUCCGCGGUGGUCAUCAUAACUGGUUGCUUCUCCUACUACCAAGAAGCCAAAAGCUCAAAGAUAAUGGAGUCCUUCAAAAACAUGGUCCCUCAGCAAGCCCUGGUGAUUCGCAAUGGGGAGAAAAUGAGCAUCAAUGCGGAGGAGGUUGUCGUUGGGGACCUGGUGGAGGUGAAGGGCGGAGACCGCAUCCCUGCAGACCUCAGAAUCAUAUCUGCAAACGGCUGCAAGGUGGACAACUCCUCCCUCACCGGCGAGUCGGAGCCGCAGACGAGGUCUCCGGACUUCACCAACGAGAACCCCCUGGAGACGAGGAACAUUGCCUUCUUUUCUACCAACUGCGUGGAAGGCACCGCCCGUGGCAUUGUGGUGUAUACCGGGGACCGCACGGUGAUGGGGAGGAUCGCCACACUGGCUUCGGGGCUGGAAGGCGGCCAGACCCCCAUCGCCGCUGAAAUCGAGCACUUCAUCCACCUCAUUACGGGCGUGGCCGUGUUCCUGGGGGUGUCCUUCUUCAUCCUGUCCCUCAUCCUCGAGUACACCUGGCUGGAGGCCGUUAUCUUCCUCAUCGGCAUCAUCGUGGCCAAUGUGCCGGAAGGCCUGCUGGCUACUGUCACGGUCUGUCUGACGCUGACCGCCAAGCGCAUGGCUCGAAAGAACUGCUUAGUGAAGAACCUGGAGGCCGUGGAGACUCUGGGCUCCACCUCCACCAUCUGCUCCGACAAGACCGGAACCCUGACCCAGAACCGGAUGACAGUGGCCCACAUGUGGUUCGACAAUCAGAUCCACGAGGCUGAUACAACUGAGAACCAGAGCGGUGUCUCUUUCGACAAGACCUCAGCCACCUGGCUUGCUCUGUCCAGAAUUGCAGGUCUUUGUAACAGAGCUGUGUUCCAGGCUAACCAGGAAAACCUCCCCAUCCUUAAGCGUGCAGUUGCAGGGGACGCCUCGGAGUCGGCGCUCCUCAAGUGCAUCGAGGUGUGCUGCGGCUCGGUGAAGGAGAUGCGGGAGAGGUACACCAAGAUCGUGGAGAUCCCCUUCAACUCCACCAACAAGUACCAGCUGUCCAUCCACAAGAACGCCAAUACAGCCGAGCCACGGCACCUGCUGGUGAUGAAAGGUGCCCCAGAAAGGAUCUUGGACCGCUGCAGCACCAUCCUCCUCCAGGGCAAGGAGCAGCCCCUGGAUGAGGAGUUGAAGGAUGCCUUCCAGAAUGCCUACCUGGAGCUGGGCGGCCUUGGGGAGCGCGUGCUGGGUUUCUGCCACCUUCUUCUGCCAGAUGAGCAGUUUCCCGAGGGGUUCCAGUUUGACACAGAUGAAGUGAAUUUCCCCGUGGAUAAUCUCUGCUUUGUGGGGCUCAUCUCUAUGAUCGACCCUCCCCGGGCAGCUGUUCCUGAUGCCGUGGGCAAGUGCCGAAGCGCUGGGAUUAAGGUCAUCAUGGUGACAGGAGACCAUCCAAUCACAGCCAAAGCCAUUGCCAAAGGUGUGGGCAUCAUCUCAGAGGGCAACGAGACGGUGGAAGACAUCGCUGCGCGCCUCAACAUCCCAGUGAACCAGGUGAACCCCAGAGACGCCAAGGCCUGCGUGGUUCAUGGCAGCGAUCUGAAGGACAUGACCUCUGAGCAGCUGGACGACAUCUUGAAGUACCACACGGAGAUCGUGUUUGCCAGGACCUCACCCCAACAGAAGCUCAUCAUCGUGGAAGGCUGCCAGCGCCAGGGUGCCAUUGUGGCCGUGACGGGAGACGGCGUCAACGAUUCUCCGGCUUUGAAGAAAGCGGACAUUGGGGUAGCCAUGGGCAUUGCCGGCUCUGACGUGUCCAAGCAGGCCGCGGACAUGAUCCUGCUGGACGACAACUUCGCGUCCAUCGUGACGGGGGUGGAGGAAGGUCGUCUGAUCUUUGAUAACUUGAAGAAAUCCAUCGCGUACACCCUGACCAGCAACAUUCCAGAAAUCACCCCCUUCCUGAUAUUUAUUAUUGCCAACAUUCCGCUGCCGCUGGGAACGGUCACCAUCCUGUGCAUCGACUUGGGCACUGACAUGGUUCCCGCCAUCUCCCUUGCUUAUGAGCAAGCCGAGAGCGACAUCAUGAAGAGACAGCCCAGAAAUCCCAAGACUGACAAGCUUGUGAACGAGCGGCUGAUCAGCAUGGCCUACGGGCAGAUCGGCAUGAUCCAGGCCCUGGGCGGCUUCUUCACCUACUUCGUGAUUUUGGCUGAGAACGGGUUUCUCCCGAUUCACCUGCUGGGCAUCCGGGUGGACUGGGAUGACCGAUGGAUCAACGAUGUGGAGGACAGCUAUGGGCAGCAGUGGACCUACGAGCAGAGAAAGAUCGUGGAGUUCACCUGCCACACGGCGUUCUUCGUGAGCAUUGUGGUGGUGCAAUGGGCUGACCUGGUCAUCUGUAAGACGCGGAGGAACUCCGUCUUCCAGCAGGGCAUGAAGAACAAGAUCUUGAUAUUUGGCCUCUUUGAGGAGACGGCCCUGGCGGCCUUCCUGUCCUACUGUCCCGGCAUGGGUGUGGCGCUCAGGAUGUACCCCCUCAAGCCCACCUGGUGGUUCUGUGCCUUCCCCUACUCCCUCCUCAUCUUCGUGUACGACGAAGUCCGGAAGCUCAUCAUCAGACGUCGCCCCGGGGGCUGGGUGGAGAAAGAAACCUACUACUAGUCAUGUCCUGCACGCCCGGAGCGCCGGGCCGCCCUCUGCAUCCGCAACCCCUGUGCGCUCAGUCUGGGAACUCGGGAUCACCCGGUCGGAGCACCGGAGCAUGUGGGAGCUGGACGUCCGGGAAUGCAGCAUGUCACCGCAAUGGGGGGCGGGGGGAGGGUGCCUGAAAAACAAAUAAAACACCGGAGCCGGGAGCGACGAGAGCAGGGAAGGAUCUCACGUGCCUU